GAGCGAAAUUCACACUGAGACUCCACCGUUCAGACGGGAGUCAAGCUCCCAUAUGUUUUCAGGAUUCUGCUGUCCAUGUAAGACGAAUUAGCCGGAUUUUAAAUACCUCUCCUGAGCCAGCAGUGGGAGAACUUUCAGAAGACGAUGUGAAGGGUCCUGCCAGUCACCACUUCUCCUGCGGACAGUCGCCUUUCACCGAACCCUGCGUUUGGGAGAGGAAAUACUGCAUCCUGACUGAUAGCCAGCUCAUCCUGCUCAACAAGGAGGAAGAGAUGCCGUCAGAGGUGCAUGAAAGCCCCUCAGUGUCCCUCAUCGAAGGGCCGCAGUUUGAGGCGGACGGUCAGUGUGCCUUCUGAAGGACCGUUCCCAGACUUCCCACCAGAGGGAGCCUCCAUGAUGGCGGAAGCGUCCGCGGAGCGCUCCUCUCCCAGACGGAGGAGCAUAUCAGGGCUGGCAGCCUCAGAGAAGAACAUUUCCAUCGAUGGCCCCAACUCAUCUCCCUUCAAAGUGCCUGGUUUUUUAAGUAAACGACUGAAAGGAUCCAUCAAAAGGACGAAGAGCCAGACCAAGCUGGACCGCAACACAAGUUUCAGACUUCCAUCACUGCGACCAACAGAAAAUGACAGGUCACGAGGCCUGCCUAAAUUGAAGGAGUCCUGUUCCCAUGAGUCUUUGCUGAGUCCUGGCAGCGCUGUUGAAGCUCUGGAUCUCAGUAUGGAAGAGGAUGUCUACAUCAAACCUUUACACAGCAGCAUCCUAGGACAAGAUUUUUGCUUUGAGGUGGCAUACUCAGGUGGAAGUAAGUGCUUCAGCUGUUCCUCUGCUGCUGAACGGGACAAAUGGAUGGAGAACCUCAAAAGAACUGUGCAGCCUAAUAAGGACAAUUGCCGGCGGGCGGAAAACGUCCUCCGCCUGUGGAUCAUCGAGGCAAAAGACCUGCCACCGAAAAAGAAAUAUUUCUGUGAGCUGUGUCUGGAUGACAUGCUGUACGCUCGUACCACCAGCAAAACCCGCUCCGACUGCCUGUUCUGGGGGGAACACUUUGAGUUUUCCGGCCUCCCAUCCAUGAAGAGCAUCACCAUACACAUCUACCGAGAUGUGGACAAGAAAAAGAAAAAGGACAAAAACAACUAUGUGGGCCUGGUGAACAUCCCUGUGCAUGGGGUGAUGGGUAGGCAGUUUGUGGAGAAAUGGUAUCCAGUAAGCACCCCCACCACCAGCAAAGCCAAAGGUGGAGGCCCCUCCAUCCGCAUCAAAUCCCGCUUUCAAACCAUCUCAAUUCUGCCCAUGGAGCAGUACAAGGAGUUUGCAGAGUUUGUUACCAAUAACUAUACCAUGUUGUGCUCUGUGUUGGAGCCGGUCAUAAGCGUGAAGAACAAAGAGGAGAUGGCCAGCGCUCUGGUGCAUAUUCUGCAGAGCACAGGACGGGCAAAGGACUUCCUAACGGAUCUGGUGAUGUCAGAAGUGGAUCGCUGUGCUGACCACGAUGUGCUGAUCUUUAGAGAGAACACACUAGCCACCAAAGCUAUUGAAGAAUACCUCAAACUGGUGGGACAGAAGUACCUACAUGAUGCACUAGGAGAGUUUAUUAAAGCCCUGUACGAGUCGGAUGAAAAUUGUGAAGUAGACCAAUCAAAGUGCACCAGCAAUGAGCUACCAGAGCAUCAGAGUAACCUGAAGAUGUGCUGCGAACUGGCCUUCUGCAAGAUCAUCAACUCUUAUUGUGUUUUUCCACGUGAACUGAAGGAGGUCUUUGCAUCAUGGAAGCAGCAGUGUCACGCUCGAGGGAAGCAGGACAUCAGUCAGCGUCUGAUCAGCGCAUCGCUCUUCCUGCGAUUCCUGUGUCCUGCCAUCAUGUCCCCGUCACUCUUUGGUCUCAUGCAGGAAUAUCCAGACGACCGUACUUCUCGAACACUCACCCUUAUCGCCAAAGUCAUUCAGAAUCUUGCUAACUUUGCCAAAUUCGGGAACAAAGAGGAGUACAUGGCUUUCAUGAAUGACUUCCUAGAGCAUGAGUGGGCUGGUAUGACCCGUUUUCUGCUUGAGAUCUCGAAUCUUGAGACGAUCUCCAACACCCCGGGCUUUGAGGGCUACAUUGACCUGGGCCGUGAGCUGUCAGUGCUUCAUUCGCUGCUGUGGGAGGUGGUGUCUCAGCUGGACAAGGCGACGGUGGCCAAACUGGGGCCCCUGCCACGUAUCCUUGGCGAUAUCACCCGCUCGCUGUCCAGCCCCACUCCCAUCCAGCAGCAGCUCAGGCGCUUCCAGGACCACAGCUCUGCUCAUGACAUCAGUGGAAGUGUGUCCUCAGGACUGCAGAGAAUAUUUGAAGACCCAGCAGACAGUGAAAUGAGGAGCAUCAAAUCACCUGUCCAAGAGCACAUGGAGGCCUUAGUCCGAGGAAAGCAUCCUUUACUGGGUCAACAGUCGUCCACACACAGCAUGAGCUUCUCCGACAAAGAGGAGAGGGACAGUCCACUCCCGAAUGGACGCAGUAUAUCUUUAAUGGACUUGCAGGACUCUUACCUUGCUCAGGGGCAUCCAGGUCCCAACUCACUCAAUGAAGCCCCAUCUAGGUUAGGCAGAGUAGGCUCUCAGGCCUCUAUUGGGCCUGUCCCUCCUCCACACCUCCACCAGCCUCCAGUCCACCCGAAAGUUCCCCAGCUGAGGGAUAACUUACCCCAGAGUGCACCACAGGUGCGGCGCCCAAUCCACCCAUCCCUCAGCCAGCAGCGCAGCCUACAACCACUGUCUUUCCAAAACCCUGUUUACCACCUCAGCAACCUGCACGCACAAUCGACACACUCAACCCAGUCCACACACUCUGCCCAGUCCCUGCAGCCUGACUCUAGCUCGGAGAACCUGAGCACGGGGAGCUCUCGGAGUGCCAGUCCUAGUGCCUCAGGUGGCCGGGGAGCAACUCCCAGAGCCCGAAUACCCUCCACCAGCAGCGUGGAGGAGGAAUUUAGCCGCAGAAGCAUCCAGGGACAGGAGACACCGCCUCCUACAGCACGCUGGCACCCUCCCCUGGCAGACCAGCACUCGGGAGCCCAGGUGGUGGCAGUGCCGAGGCAGAGCACCACUGGUACUGCACAUAUAGUGAAAGUGGAGCAGCAGAGUCGAGGAGUUGGGCUGGUGGCAGGAAAUGCUGGAGCACGAACCCCAAGGUCGCUCCCUCACAGCACAUCCAUCCGCAGCGGCAGCAGCGCCAACACUGAACCUAUCCAGCAGAGCGGUGAGCGAUCAAGACAGCAGUCCACAUGCUCCAAAGAUGGUUCAGUACCAGGAGGACGAGCCAGCAAACAGGUCCAGUCACCCGUAGAGUCCGUCACCAUGUCCCCAGUGGAGCGAACAGCUGCGUGGGUUUUGAAUAACGGCCAGUAUGAAGAUGAGGAAGAGGAAGGGCAGAGUAAAGAUGAUGCCAAACAUGUAGAAAAGUAUGAACAGGAAAUCUCGAAGCUGAAGGAGCGUCUGCGGACGUCUAGUCGGCGGCUCGAGGAGUAUGAGAGACGGUUACUGGCUCAGGAGCAGCAAAUGCAGAAGCUUCUCUUAGAAUACAAGACUAGACUGGAGGACAGUGAGGACCGUCUGCGAAGACAACAGGAGGAGAAAGACAGCCAGAUGAAGAGUAUUAUCUGCAGGCUAAUGGCUGUGGAGGAAGAGCUGAAGAGAGACCAUGCAGAGAUGCAGGCGGUCAUAGAUGCCAAACAGAAGAUAAUCGAUGCACAGGAGAAGAGGAUCAGCUCUCUGGACGCUGCUAACUCUCGGCUGAUGAGCGCUCUGACUCAGGUGAAGGAGCGCUACAGCAUGCACAACCUCCGCAACGGCCUGUCACCAACCAACCCCACCAAACUGUCCAUCACGGAGAACGGGGAGUUCAAGAACAGCAGCUGCUGAUCCAGGCUACUUGCCUCAACUGACUGACUCUGACUACUGUAAACACACGCCAUCGCAACGAAUGUCUGCUUACCGAUGUAUAUAAAUGUUAUCUAAUAUUGGUUAUGUACAGAAAUGCUACUGCAGGGAAGGGUUGUUUUGAAGUGGGAGAGUUGAGCAUAGCGCCGGUUCGGAGUCAGUGAGAUUGUGUUUGUUUGUUUUUUUAAAUACUGAUUUACUCGUAAAUGCAGAUUUCAGAUUUUUAAUUAUUGCCUAAGAUAUAUGAAGGAGAUGUACAUAUAUUAAAAUAGAGUUGUUUUAAAAGAAAAUAUGAAGAAAAGCACAUAGGUAUCGGCCGUAGUUGUAAAUGUCCUCAAGAUGCAGAAUCUGACAGGCAGAAAUGGAUGAAAAUGCGAUUUUAUGCACUCCGUUUUCUAACACGAAUCUUCUAUUUUUGUUUUGUUUUAAUUAUUAUUUUAUUUUCGUCCUGCAACAGAAGGUCAUUACGGCUGAUUUUUACCUGAAAGGACACUUUUAGUUUUGUUCUCAAGAAGUUAAAAUACAUGUUUGUUAUUGUGUUAGUAAAAACAUGACUGAAGCAGUGGGUUUCAUCAAAUAAAAUACUGAACUGAAUUAACGGUUUGAGUUUACUUUCAGAUUUGUUAGCUGUUUGAAUCAACAUAACCAACGUACCAUCAUUUUGUUCCCUUGUUUUCUGUAAGUGACCAGAGUGCUGUGAAACCGCCAGUCUACAGUCUCACUGCCCUCUUGUUCUAGACAGCCUCACUGCCCUCCUUCUGGCCCCGUUUAUCAUUUGUCAUUAACUUUUAUUGAAAGUCCUCAUAUUUCCACAGUUCUCACUCAGUCCACGUGAGCAUCAAAGCCUUUAACACCAAACUCCUCAAUGUUUGUUGUUCUCGUAGCGAUAUAUUUAAUGGUCAGUCUCACCGUUGAAAGCUGAGCAUUGAAUAAAGAUGGAUUGUGGCCUCA